AUGGGUUACACUCCAGGAUCAGAAAAGAAGGGCGCCACGCUGUUCAAGACACGGUGUCUACAGUGCCACACCGUCGAAGAAGGCGGUCCUCACAAAGUCGGGCCCAACCUGCACGGAAUCUUUGGGAGAACCUCCGGUCAAGCCGUUGGGUACUCGUACACGGAUGCGAACAUCAAGAAGUCCGUCCAGUGGGGGGAAGAUAACAUGUCUGAGUACUUGACCAACCCAAAGAAGUACAUCCCGGGCACGAAAAUGGCCUUUGGUGGGUUGAAGAAGGAGAAAGACAGAAACGAUUUGAUUACGUACUUGGUGAAGGCCACGAAAUAA